GCUGUGUCAUCCUAUGCUGACGACGAUGGCGAGCGGAGGUCGACACACGUGCUCCGCCAAUGACGACGACCCCGCCGCCGCAGUGGCCCCCGACGAGGACGAGGAGGGGGAGGACCUCUACAACGACAACUACCUCGAUGAUUACCGAAGGAUGGAUAGCAUGAACAGUAUGAGUCAGUUAGUUUAGAUGAUUCACUUAAGAUGAGAGGAAUCUUGAUGAAAUCAUGGCUGAUCGAAGGGCCGCGGAAGCAGAGCUUGAUGCAAGGGAUGUGAGGUCUGGUACAGCAGCUGGCAGGAAAUUGCCACAGAUGCUUCACGAUCAGGAUACAGAUGAGGAUAUGAAUUCAGGCGUCCAAAAAGGCACAGGGCUAGUUUUAGGCCACCAAGUGGAUGAAGAACACCAAGAAGUGAUGAUGAUAGUGAUGGUGCCACUCCUAGUUCACCUGGAAGAUCUCAGCGUGGAAUGUAUUCUAGUGGUGAUGUGCCUAGACUGAUCAGGAGCCUCUGCUGUUGGUCUUACUGCUGUGGUUCACAAGGAUCCAGUAACACGAGAAUGGACAAUUGAGGGAGGUGCACUAGUCCUUGCUGAUCCCCAUUUGCCUUAUUGAUGAAUUUGACAAGAUGAAUGAUCAAGAUAGGGUAGUAUUCAUGAAGCUAUGGAGCAACAGAGUAUCAGUAUGUCAAAAGCAGGAAUUUGCAGUGUAAUUACUGCAGCAAACCCAAUAGGGGGAAGGUAACUUCAGUGCAGGAUAUUGUUGAUCCAUUUACAGAUGAAAUGCUUGCAAGGUUUGUUGUGGAUAGUCACACCAGAUCUCGACCCAAGGGGGCUAACCUUGAAGACAGGAUUCCAACAGAUGUGGAUGAUGAUCCACUGGCCUCUGUAAGAGAAGCUAAUCCAGAUGUCAACCGUACUCUGUCUACAAUGUUGAGGGCUGUGCUGAAAAAGAAUCUGAAAAUGUGGGAAGAAUGCCUUCCACAUGUUGAAUUUGCUUAUAAUAGGGCAGUACAUUCAACAACAAAUUUUUGCCCCUUUGAAAUUGUUUAUGGUUUUAAACCACAUACACCCAUGGAUCUUUUGCCUUUACCAUUGCAGGAACAAGUUAACAUGGAUGCUGCAAAGAGAUCAGAAUUUAUUAAGAAGCUACAUGCUGAUACAAGAAGGAAUAUAGAGAAGAAAUCUGCACAGUAUGUAAAGCAAGCAAACAAGGGUAAGAAGAAAGUUACAUUCUAGCCCGGUGACCUAGUGUGGUUGCACUUGCGCAAGGAUCGAUUUCCCCAACAACGCAAGAGUAAGUUAUCUCCACGAGGUGAUGGUCCAUUCCAGGUCUCCAAAAGAUAAAUGAUAAUGCUUAUAAAAUUGAACUACCGCCUGAAUAUUCCAAUGUGAGCCCACCAUUCAAUGUCAAAGAUUUGCUUCCAUUUGUUGGUGAGUCUAAGUCGAGGACGACUCCUUCCCAAGAGGGGAAAGCUAAUGAGGACAUCCCCUAGUAUCCAGUCUUCUCCACAUCCUAAUGAAGAUGCAUCUGAUAUAGUGGGUCCAACUACAAGGAGCAGAGCCAAACAAUUGGAGAAGGAAAUGCAUUCUCAGGUGAACGCUAACCUUAUGUUAAAUAAUCAUUUCAGUACUUGUUUUCAUGUUCUUAGGAAUGAUGGAGGGCAUGAACGCGCAUGGGAUGAUGAUGGAUUCUGCCCGCCAAAUAUAUGCAAGGAACCUGGACGUGCAUCAGAAAGGAAAUGCCAUUCAGCUACAAUGAGUACCAGCCGUUGAAGUGCAAGCAAAUAUUCAGAAGUUAGAAAUGCAUGCAACCAGCAACUGGGUUGCUGUCCACACACGCUGCAGCAUUCAUGCAGAGAAUACCAACCAGCCAUGCAUCCUACUAGGCUUGGUUAUUAAUAAAAGUAGUGCUGCAACUUCCCACUACAUGUUCUCAAUUAUUUUCCACCAAGCUGAAACUCCACUAGUGCUAUAUAUAUCCCUGUAAUGAAGGACGUGAACAGUAACUCGUGAUUGCAAUUUCAGAAACACAAACUCUUUGAGUUCUUCUUUCCACGUGAGUCUUGAGAGGCUUGCAGACUUGUUCUUUCGAUUCCUGAGGGAGUUGUAGAACGCCGAACUGCGGUUCACCCAGUUUGUGCCUUCAUGUCUUUACGCGUGAUUGCGUGGGCUGGCUUCAUCGGUACGUGGAAGGGUGAUUGUCUGGGUAGUUCGUCGCGUGUGCAGACUCGCGGUGCACUGCCUCUUCACCAGGUCACGCAGCGAUAGUUAUCAAGUCCGUAGAUCCUUCGAGAAGAUCGGGCCACUACUACUUGUCACACGUGAUCCAUAGACGUGUGCGCAUCAUCUGGCAUCAGAGCCUCCGUUUACUCGGUAGGAUCAUUCUUAUUUUUGGUAGGAUAGUUUAUUCAUUUUCCUAUAGUCCACAAACAGCCCACACCACCAGCAAAAUUAUAUACUAAUGAUUUCAAUUUUGCAUCAGAAUUUAGUUUGCAGCUUCGACUUUUGAUCCAUUGAGAAUUAUCUUGUUGCUGAUUGCACUUGGUCUGAGUUCUCCUAAUCUGAAUUUCGUUUUUUUUCUUUUUCUCCUCUUUCUUCUGUUGUUUCUACCCCACCCAUCCCACCCUUGAUUGCUUCCAAAUCAGCCUACCAAUCGGCACCAAUACUUUGUUUGUCAUUCUGUGCUACCCUUAUUGAAAGUUGUAUAUCGCUUGUUCGGAGGUUCUAAAAAAAAAGUCAAAAGAAAAUAAAAAAAGAGUGUUUCAGUUCAAGAAAAAAAUAGAGUUCAAAAGGUGCUUCGGCGGCGCACGGAUCGGCGGGUGCUUCGUCUCCUGCCCGGGGCGGCCAGGUGGCCGCGGCUGCAGGGGCCAGGCCCGCUCCCAGGAUCGUCCUCCGCCAUCCGCAGCGUUCGGCCGCCCCGCCUUGUCGUUCUGAUUCGGAGGGGUAGCAGAGGUUCGAGUCGCGCAGGGCUUGGUGCGCAGCCGGCGUGCGGCUCGAACUCCCCGGCGUCCAGUCCCCGUCGACCUGGUCGGCAAGUGUUUCAAUUGCUUCUCCACCGCACAUAUCGCAGUCCAGUGCCGUCAAAGAACUCGGUGCUUCCGCUGCAAGUCUUUGAGGCACCGGUCCUCUGUGUGCCCUGGGUUGUCCCGUGCAGGCCCUCCGGCGAAGCGUGUUCCUGUUUGGCGGCGCGUUCGUGCAGUCAAGGAGCCGGCUGUCGCUACCCUCCCGCAACGGUCUCCUCCGGCGGGCUUGGCCGGUGGCGCGGCUGUCAGGUCUGCAGCGCCAAGGCGUGUGUCGGUGUGGCGGCGUAUCUCUAUCAUCCCGGAGCCGGUUGACGCCGCCCUUUCGCAAUGGUCCCUUCCGGCGGGGGUGACGCGUGUCAUGGCUGCCGCAGCACAGCAAGGGAAUUCUGCGAUGAUGGCGCUUGGCUCGGGUGAUGGUUCGGACUCAAGGCCGGGAAGGCGCCGGCGUCGACGUUCGCGUUUCCGUCAGCGUGUAGGCCAAGUGAUUUCUGACGCACCUCCGGAGGCCCGGCCUGUUGUUUCUUCAGAAGUUGUGCCAGUGUAUCCCCCUGCUUUUGUGCAACCUCUCCCUUGCAUCAUCAACUGGACUGAUCUCAUUGCUCGGGCUGAGGAGGACCUUAAGCAUGCGGUGAUCGUGAAUGUCAGUGGCGACGAGCCGUUGGCCGAUGCGAGUGUGGUUGCUGCAGCCAUCGCUGCGAGGAUGGAAAUCGAGCCGAACAGUUUGGUUCUUCGUCGUGCUUCUGCUUCAAGCUACCUGCUGGUUCUUCCUGACCUCGUCUCAGUGGAUCAUCUGGUUGGUCUCCAGCAGCCGCUCCGCAAUGGCAAUUUCAGCCUUUUGUGCAAAAAAUGGAGUCGUCUGAUGGGUGUAGCUGGGAAGGUUCUGCCUUGGCCGAUCGAUGUUGAGCUCCGCAACAUUCCCUCCCAUGUGUGGGAAACAUCGACUGUGGAACAUCUGCUAAGCCCGCAUGCCUGGGUUCAGAACGUGCAUCAGGACACUCUCAACUUGAUAGAUUUAUCAGUCUUUCGUUGCUUAGCAUGGUGCUCAGACCCUCAUUUGAUCCCUAGUUCCAGAAAGCUAUGGGUUAGUGAGCCACCGGUCGCCGUCGAGGAGGAUCCGCCGGUGAAGCGUGUGCUGGAGUAUGAUAUUGACAUCCGUUUCUCCAUCCGGUUUCACCCUGAUGGUUCUGCUGCAAACCCGCCUUCCCCGCCUGGGGAUGACGACGACUCGGUUGAUUCUCAGCGUCGGCGUCGUAGUCGCCGUCUGCGCUCUCCUUCGCCUCCACGCCCCCCAAGCCCGGUUGCUGAUGGUGUGCCCGGUGUGUCUGGCGCUGGUGGGCCUGUCCAGACAUGGGUGGCAUCUGCUGAAGCAUGUGUAGUCCCUUCAUCGGCCUUGCCGGGGCUGGUCUCUGUUUCCCAGGUGGCCACUUCUGUCCCGCGUAGGCUCCCGGUCUUGGAUUUUGGAUAUUUAGGGAGCUCGUACAGUUGGUGUGAUUGUAGACUUCCUUCAUCUUUGGGAUCUUUUAUUGGACUUUCAGCUACAGCCGGAAAUUGAGGACAGACAUAUAUGGAUGUUCUCCUCUAAUGGGCAGUAUUCAGCUAAGUCGGCUUAUGAUGGUUUCUUUUUGGGUUCUACCGUCUUUGGACCAUGGGAAAGGAUCUGGAAAUCUUGGGCACCACCUAAAUGUCGCUUCUUCAUGUGGCUGGUCGCACACAACAAAUGUUGGACGGCUGAUCGCUUGGCACGUCGUGGGCUGCCCCAUCUGGAUUAUUGUCCUUUGUGUGACCAAGAAGAAGAGACUAUUGAGCAUCUUCUUGUCCAUUGUGUUUUCGCAAGGGAACUAUG